GGGAGUUUUAGGGCGGAGCUUGAUCGCAUUCCGUCACCCCUCCGACCGCAACACCACCAGCCCGCCGCAGGAGAACGCAGAAAAUCCUUAUGCCUCCGAAGGCGAGUACAGUGAAGUGGCUGCACGGCUGAUUGGCUUACCGACGCGUAGGGUUCGAAGGAGCCUGCUUGCCAAACUCAAGGUGAGACGGUCUCACUUGAAGCAAGCUGUUGCAAUUGUGAUGUCUCUGAUACUACUAUACUUUUCAGCAUGCGCUUUGCAAUCUUGCUUGAACAAACAUACGUAUACCCCAGAGAAGUGCAGUACACACAUGCGCGACCUAUACCAGUGCUGUGCCGAAUUUUAUGAGUCUACCGGCGACAAAGGCGAGUCAACGGCAUGCCCCAUGCCAAACGUUACCCGUCGGUGGCUUAAGUCCCAUCCUCCAGAUGCCGUAAAGUAAAUGUGAGGCAUUCGCCUCUUGAACUCGGACAUCUUGCUCAUCAGCCCAUAGGGAUCGACGUAGCUAAGUUCAAAUAUAACCAUGUAGCGAUUCAAGCGUGCAGGAACAUAUGGCCACAUCGGGUCUGAGCGAGGCUCGUUACGGGUGACAACUUGCCAGGACGGUGUGAAUCGUUCCGUCCCAAGACACGUACUUUACGAUGUCCUGCGAGUGUGCUGACCAAGUCGGAGAUAGUAUGUGACCAAAACAUGGUCAACUGAG